AUGUCUUUGCCGCAAAGGCCGGGCAAGACCUCGCCCCGGCGCGAGGAGCGCAGCGCCUUCCGUGAGCCCUCGCACCGUCGGCGUCGUCGAGACGUCGACUCCGGGACUUACAGCGACAACCCAAGUUCGCCGUCCUCGCAUCGACACCACCGCCGCCGAUCGCACAGUCACCGGAGGGGCCCCGACACGGACGAGGAGCGGAUGGAUCACGCGGGCGACCUGAAACGCAAAAAGACCCUGGUCAAACCGGAGCGACGGCAUAUGGACCGGGAUCACCCCAAUUACCACUACCGACAACGAUCGCACCACAUGCCCGUCCAUCCCUCGGUGACGGGCGAGGACCCGCUGCUUGACCGGGACCCUGAGGCGGAGACCAAUAGCUCGAAAAGCGUAGACAUGAAAUCAAAGGAGCAAUUGUACGGCGCGCAUGGCAACAUUAACAAGCCCAUGGACCGGGCACCGAAGGAGAAGAGACGGCAAAAAGCGAUGGAACAGGCGCGGCCGCCAGAUCUGUGGACCACGUACUGCGCGCUGAUCAGUUGCUUGGUGCCCGACUUUGUGCUCAAAUGCUUCGGCAUGCCGCAGAAGGAGCAGCGAACCGCGUGGCGAGAGAAGAUCGGCCUGAUCAGUCUCAUUCUGAUGAUUGCCGCGUUUGUCGGUUUCCUCACCUUUGGUUUCACGGCGACGGUCUGCGGCAAGCCCCCGGUUCGACUCAAGGUGAACGAGAUUGGCAACGGCUACAUGAUCUUCCAUGGCACGGCCGUCGACCUGACGAAAUCCACCCACCCCGCCGCGGAGGGCAUUCCCUCUGGCACGAACGUCUUGUACGACCUGCCGCACAAGUACGGCGGCCAAGACGGAAGCUUCUUCUUUCAGCAAGUCAAUGGUGCUUGCAAGGGACUCAUCACUGCUAAGGACGGCGGUGGCGUCCCGACCAAUUCCAAGGGUGAGCUCGGCUGGUAUUUCCCCUGCACCGCCUUCAACCAGGACGGCUCGUCGGAUCCCAAUUUGACGGUCUCUUACUAUCUGGGCUGGGGCUGUCACACCAGUGGGUCUGCGCGGAAUUCUUUCUACAAGUUGUCCGGCUCUGGAGAUGUGUACUAUACCUGGGAGGACACGAAGAACAAGAGUCGGAAUCUGGCCGUGUACUCCGGUAAUGUUCUGGACCUGGAUCUCCUGCGGUGGUUCAACCAAUCUCAAGUGGAGUACCCUACCCAGUUCGAUGAGCUGCGGGAGAACGCUGCCAUCCGUGGUGUCGAUCUCACUUACUAUUUCCAGAGUGGUGACCAGAAGAAGAUAGGCAAAUGCCUGACCGAGAUCAUCAAGGUGGGCAGCAUUGACACGGACACCGUCGGUUGCAUUGCGUCCAAGGUUGUGCUCUACGUGUCUCUGAUCUUUAUUCUGUCUAUCGUUGUGGUCAAGUUUGCGUUCGCCCUGCUGUUCCAAUGGUUUUUGGCGCCCAGGUUCGCUGCGCAGCAGACCAGCAUGGCCUCGGAUGCCCGGACGCGCAACCAGCAGAUCGAAGACUGGUCCAAUGACAUCUACCGGCCUGGCCCUCGUAAUGCAGACCCCCCAGCCCCCGAUCGUGUCAACAAGCGCGCCAGUUUCUUGCCUACUACGUCUCGCUUCUCCAGCCCUUAUGUGGUGGGCAGCACCGGCACUGGCAAGCAAAACAGGCAAUAUGUCACCAUGGCCAGCCAGAACUCGACCUCUCGCCUCAUGCCAACCUCCACCACCAGCAACACAAUGUAUAAACUGAGCCAUAACGGCAGUGGGGGCACCCUCAGCGCUGAUAACUCUCGCCACAACCCUGGUGCCAGCCGGACCAGCUUGGUUGGUCAUGGACAGCAAGACCCUGGAUACUCAACCAUUAUUUCCGAGUCGGAAGGCCCUGGUCCCGCCGGCUUCAUUCACGAAUCUGUUGUUCCGCAACCCCCGCCCGACUGGCAACCCUUCGGGUAUCCGUUGGCCCACUCGCUUUGCAUUGUCACUUGCUAUUCGGAAGGCGAGGAAGGGAUUCGGACUACGCUGGACUCGAUUGCCAUGACCGAUUACCCGAACAGUCACAAGACGAUUCUGGUCAUUUGCGAUGGUAUGAUCAAGGGUAAAGGCGAAGAGUUCUCCACUCCGGAAAUCGUGCUCGGCAUGGUGAAGGACCACGUCAUUCCUCCUCAUGAAGUCCAGCCUUUUUCCUACGUCGCGGUGGCCACUGGUUCCAAGCGUCACAACAUGGCCAAGGUGUACUCCGGCUUCUAUGACUAUGGCGACACCUCCGUGUUUCCUCCCGAGAAGCAGCAGCGGGUGCCGAUGAUGGUCAUCGUGAAGUGCGGUACUCCUGCAGAAUCGACUCAGUCCAAGCCUGGCAACCGAGGCAAGCGUGACAGUCAGAUCAUUCUGAUGUCUUUCUUGCAGAAGGUGAUGUUCGACGAGCGGAUGACGGAGCUUGAGUUCGAGAUGUUCAAUGGCAUGUGGAAUGUCACGGGCAUUCCGCCGGACUUCUAUGAGGUCGUGCUCAUGGUCGACGCCGAUACAAAGGUGUUCCCGGACAGCUUGACGCAUAUGAUCUCAGCGAUGGUCAAGGACCCGGAGAUCAUGGGUCUUUGCGGAGAGACGAAGAUUGCCAACAAGACCGACAGUUGGGUAACGAUGAUCCAGGUUUUCGAAUACUUCAUCUCCCACCACCAGGCCAAGUCCUUCGAGUCCGUCUUCGGUGGUGUCACUUGUCUGCCCGGCUGUUUCUCUAUGUACCGUAUCAAAGCCCCCAAGGGCGGCCAGAACUACUGGGUGCCCAUCCUUGCGAACCCAGAUAUCGUGGAGCACUACUCCGAGAACGUGGUCGACACCCUGCACAAGAAGAACCUGCUGCUCCUAGGCGAGGAUCGGUACCUGACCACCCUUAUGCUCAAGACCUUCCCGAAGCGCAAGCAGAUCUUCGUCCCACAAGCAGUCUGCAAGACCGUCGUCCCCGACAAGUUCAUGGUCCUGCUCUCCCAGCGCCGCCGCUGGAUCAACAGUACCGUGCAUAACCUACUGGAACUAGUUCUCGUGCGCGACCUCUGCGGCACCUUCUGCUUCAGCAUGCAGUUCGUCAUCUUCAUCGAGCUCAUCGGUACCCUGGUCCUCCCCGCCGCCAUCGCCUUCACCAUCUACGUCAUCAUCUCCUCCAUCGUCCGCAGGCCCGUCCAAGUGAUCCCGCUCGUCCUGCUGGCCCUUAUUCUGGGACUACCAGGAGUGCUGAUCGUGGUCACCGCCCAUCGCCUAGUCUACGUCCUCUGGAUGCUGAUUUACCUCGUCUCCCUGCCGAUCUGGAAUUUCGUGCUCCCGACCUACGCAUUCUGGAAGUUCGACGACUUCAGCUGGGGUGAUACUCGCAAGACGGCCGGCGAGAAAGACAAGGGUCACGGCGCAGCCGAGGGUGAGUUCGACAGCACGCAGAUUACCAUGAAGCGGUGGCGUGACUUCGAAAAGGAGCGCCGCCUGCGGAAUAGCGGCUGGACGCAGCCGCAGACGCAUGCUCCUGGGCCCACAAAUGGGAAUGGGUACUCUAAUUACGAGACCUACUCGGAUUAUUAA